GUGUCAUUCUGAUAAAGCCGCGCGACAGCACGAACGAACGUCUUGGCAUUAUAUUAAAAGCAGGUACAAAGUAAAUCAGAAUCUAUAACAAUAAAUACUGUUACGGUUAAACUACAUCGCGGGUCUUUAAAAGCUCAAGAGGACUUUCACCAGAAUGUCUCGACCAAUGGGAGACAGUCACAGACGCUUUUUACAGUCCAUGAUGAGCAAUGGAAUCAUCAGUUCUUCCCAGGCCAAAGUGUUACACAAACACUGCUGUGAGACUCAUGGAGCACACUAUGCGCACGAUAGAUUAGAUGAAUUCAUUGAUGUCAUCAACACUCAGCUUCAGCCCAUGUUCAUGAACAUCAGGAAGGGCAUGUCCGAAGAAGAUGGACUCCAGUAUUAUGCCUUGGUUAACAUGGCAGAGACCGACGUAACAAGAAUGGCAUCUGAUUAUGCAGAUAACGAACUCGAAUUAUUUAGGAAAACGAUGGAUCUGAUUGUAGACUCUGAGAGUGGGUCUGCCUCCUCCACAGAUAUUUUAAAUUGUGCCGACAGCCUCCAGACCAAGAAACUGAAGAAGAAAGAAACCGAGCAUGUUUUGAAUAAAUUUGUCCAAGACAAGUGGUUAAAUGAGAAACAUGGUGAAUACACACUUAGUGUUCGCUGCAUCAUAGAAAUGGAACAGUAUAUGCGCAUAAUCUACCAGGAUCUCAUUAAAGUGUGUCAUGUGUGCCAGAACAUUGCCCUGCAGUGCCAGAUUUGUGAAAAUCCAAGAUGUGGAAUCAAGAUGCAUCUCCCGUGUGUUGCUCGAUAUUUUAAAGGACGUAGUGACCCUCAUUGCCCCUCGUGCAAUGAUUUCUGGCCGCAUGAGAUUCCAGAAAUUCUGCGUUCUCAGUCUCAGGGCUCACAAAGUCUGUCUUCAUCAGCCAAAGAGAACACUGCUCCCACCCCUUCAACAUCAGCAACACGUCGCUCAAGAAGGUCAUAAUUUCA